UGUUAUAUAUUGAGCGAAUGAAUCUUCAGCAAUACUCAUCAAUUUUCUUGGGAAGCCUGAUUGCUUCUGAUCAGCUCAAAAGAAGUUGUGGAUGCAGAACUUCAGUGCUAGCCAUGGAGCAGUUAUCUGCUUCUGGCUGUCUGUGUUGUUUGUGGGAACAGACAUUUGCUACGGAGAGCAGAGGACAGUUCAGGUUGUUGGGGUUGGAGAAUGUGCAGACUGCAAUCAGAACAACAUUAAGAGCAGCCAUGCUUUCUCUGGGCUGCGUGUGACUAUAGAUUGCAAAUCACAGAAUGGCCAUUUCAAAACAAAAGGUGCCGGUGAGCUUGAUGAGAAGGGAAACUUCAAAGUAUCACUUCCAACAGAGAUACUAAAAGAUGGUGAAUUGAAAGAAGAGUGCUAUGCUCAGCUUCACAGUGCUUCAUCUGCUCCUUGUCCUGCUCGUGAUGGCUUGAAGAACUCCAAAAUUGUGGUUAACUCUGAAAAUGGCAAGCAAAUCCUGAAGCCAUAUGAAACAGUCAAGUUCUCAUCAGUAACUUGCACUUCAGCAUUUUUUUGGCCUUUCAACAACUUCCCUCCUUUACCUAAACUACCACCUCUACCUCCAAAGCCUCACCAUCCAUUGCUCCCUAAGCUUCCACCUUUUAAACAUUUUGGCCAUCCAUUCCCCUUCCCUCAUCAUAAAGUUUUUCCACCUCUACCUCCAAAGGUCUUCCCUCCUCUACCUCCUAAGGUCUUCCCUCCUCUACCUCCUAAGGUCUUCCCUCCUUUACCUCCAAAGGUCUUUCCUCCUAUUUACAAGAAGCCUCUCCCUCCUCCUAUCCCACUCUAUAAGAAACCGGUCCCUCCUCCCACCCCGGUCUAUAAACCGGUCCCUCCUUCAGUUCCUAUUUACAAGAAACCUCUUCCUCCUCCUAUAAUUAGCAAGCCUUCACCAGUACCAGUAUACAAGAAGCCCUGUCCUCCUCCUGUUCCAAAGCCUCUUCCUCCUCCUAUAAUUAAGGAGCCUCCACCAGUACCAGUAUACAAGAAGCCUCGUCCUCCUCCUCUGACAAAGCCUCUUCCUCCUCCAAUAAUUAAGGAGCCUCCACCAGUACCAGUAUACAAGAAGCCUUGUCCUCCUCCUGUGCCUGUAUAUAAGAAGCCUCUUCCUCCUCCUGUGCCUGUAUAUGUAAAACCUCUACCAGUACCAGAAUAUAAGAAGCCUCUUCCUCCUCCUGUUCCUGUCUAUGUAAAGCCUCCACCAGUACCGGAAUAUAAGAAGCCUCUUCCUCCUCCUGUGCCGGUAUUUAAGAAGCCUUGUCCUCCUGCAGUUCCAUUCUUCCAUAAGCCACAUCCGUUUUUCAAGAAGCCACUUCCUCCUAUUCCACCAUUUUUCAAGCCUCAUCCUUUUCCCAAGAUUCUUCCACCACCAAUCCCAAUUUUCAAGAAGCCACUUCCUUAUCCACCUAUUCCAAUUUACAAGCAUCCCUCUUUCAAGCCUCUUCCUCCAUUCCCAAAGUUGCCUCCUUUCAAGAAGAAGCCUUUUCCUAAGCUUCCUCCACUUCCGAAGAUCCCCCAAAAGCACUUCCAUCACCCCAAGUUUGGAAAAUGGCCACUGGUGCCUCAUUUUCCUCCUCAUGCAUAGACUACUAUAGUUUUACAACUGGACGGAGAAGUUCUCAGAAGCCACAUAGUGCAAUAAGUUAAUAAAAGUUAUCAGUUAAUUUUGUUAACUUAUUGUGCAAUCAUCCAUUGGGAGGGAAUUUCUCAAACUAGAAGGAGCAACCGAUUCACGUGCAUGGUUUCUUUCUGCCUUUUGCUUUCCGGAUCAUUGGAGAUCUAUGAAUAUUGUUGCAGCAAUAAAGCCUACAAGGGUAUAGAGAAAGUGGAUAGGAACGUCAGGAGUGACUGUAGAGAAAAAAAACGGAAGCAAUGUUGCUAUUUGAAGAAGCUUUUAUUAUGGUUAAUGUGUGGGUGGUUAUUGUUGGUUACAUGCAGGGACUUUUUCUGUCUGUAUCUGUGCUUGCUUAUAUGAAUGCAGAAUGAUGAUGCUAAUAAUAGUGGAGAAAAAGAUUGAGAUCUUCAUGUUCUGAAUGUAAUUCCCAUUAAUUUAUUACUCCUUUAUGUCUUUGUUUUUGGUCA